ACCUUCGGUUAUUGGAUCGAGAAAAAAAAAUUUUCUUGAUUGUAGUUGACUAAUUAAUUAAUAUUUUUAAUUCGAUUUACAAUUAGCUGGAUCAUGGCUCCCGUUUUAGGUCAGUUUGGUAAGAGUGUAUUGAACAAUUUCGCUAAGGGAUAUAGUCAUCCAAAGGUUUUCUUAUCAAAUAGUAGCACAAGCUUUCGUGAUAUGUCUCGAGGAAGGAAAAUUUUAUUAACUUCUGGUGGAUUUCUGGCCACAGCAGCUGCUGGAUUAGCUUAUGCUCUUAACGAAUCUGUCAAAGCUAUCGAGUUAGAUUUGCAUCCCCCUUUGUACCCAUGGCCACACAAGGGUCACCGUCAUGAUCCAGAAAUGAUAGCCAUGGUUCCAUUCAAGAAGCCAGAGAUGGAUAAGGCUUUUGGACUUUACGAUGCCGGCGGUUUACGACGAGGUUGGCAAGUUUACAAACAAGUAUGUGCUGCUUGUCACAGUUUGCGGUUCGUGGCCUACCGACAAUUUGUUAAUGUUUUCAUGUCGGAAGAAGAGGCUAAGGCAGAAGCUGCAGAGGCAACAAUCACUGAUGGACCUGAUUCGUCUGGUAAAAUGUUUCAAAGGCCGGGUAAAUUAUCUGAUUACAUUCCCGGUCCUUAUCCCAAUGAAGAAGCUGCUAGAGCAGCCAACGGAGGAGCAUACCCACCAGAUUUAUCUAACAUAACUAUAGGAAGAGAGGGUGACGAGGAUUAUGUAUUCAGUAUACUUCGAGGUUACGUUGAUCCACCAGCAGGAGUGGAAUUAGGAGAGAAUCAACAUUUUAACCUUUAUAUGCCUGGAAAUGCAAUCGCCAUGGCUCAAGCUUUGUAUAAUGGAUUAAUUGAUUACGAUGAUGGAACACCCGCAACAUCCAGUCAAAUGGCUAAAGAUGUCACUCAAUUUUUGGCCUAUUGCGCUACUCCCGAACUAGAGGAAUGGAAGAAAUGGCUUUUCAAGUGGACAAUUAUUUCAUCUUGUUUGUUUGGAAUUUCAUGGUACUAUAAACGUUAUUUGUGGUCGUCGAUCGUUUAUCGAAGAAUAGCUUACCGAGAUGUAAAUAAGAAAGAUCAUUAAGAUCUUUACGUUAUAUGGUUACCCCCAAUUUGACACCAACAAAGUCUAUGGAGUCUUAAUUUAAAAAAAUCUACACAAAAGAACGAUUAGUUGAUGAAAAAAAAAACAAACUAUAAAUUUCAUUAUCUUCUUUUUUUCGUCUGUUAAUUAUUGGUGAACAAUUUAUUAAGGCUGCUGAUAAACAUACUGAAAUUUUAAUUCGAUCAGAUCAUUUUCACAUCUUCAGCUUGUUAACGGUUAAUCGUUAACAUUAAAUUGUCCAACAAAGGGUUGAUUUCUUUGUUCACCAUCAAUAAACUCUAGGAAAAGAAAUGAAAACCCCUUUAAGAUUAUUGUUUUUAAACAGUUUAGUUGAUAAAUGCAAAGAUUUAACUUGAAA